AUGCAAAUCCUCGACUUGACUCCUGAACCUUUGUUUGCGAAGUUCCUCAUAGUCCACUCGGAAGAUGAGACCAAACCCAUGGCUAAGGUAUCCCCAUUCACUAUUGCAAGAGACUUAGAAAGGACAAUAGGGAAGUCUUAUAAUGCUCGAAAGCUGACCACAGGAGAUCUGCAAAUUGAAGUGACCACAAGGCAACAAAGCUCCGCUCUCCUUUCACUUGACAAAAUUGCCGAUAUAUCAGUCACUGUGACCACGCACCGAACACUUAACAUCGUGAAGGGUGUCAUCUCAGAGUCCCAACUCCUUGACUGCUCAGACACUGAGAUCGAGGAAGGGCUUAAAGACCAAGGCGUUGUGACAGCAAGGAGAAUUGUGAUGCGUCGGGAUGGCUUCCUCAGACCAUCAAAGCAGGCUAUCUUAAUUGCCAUGUACGUCCGUAUAUCCCGAAUCCGCGACGCUAUUUCAAGUGCCAGCGUUUUCGACAUGGGUCGCAGGUCUGUCGAGGACAGGCGAUCUGUCCAAAAUGUGCUGGCAUGGACCACUCUGCAGAAUCCUGUGCAAACGAAGUCCACUGUUCGUACUGCAAAGGGAGCCACCCUGUCUACUCCAGGUCCUGCCCCCGUUAAUGGCAUCCCGUGUCAGAGCCUAGAAGAGCAGGCUAACGUCCUUGGUCAACAUUUCUCUGACGUAUCGAGCUCCUCACAUUAUGAUAGAAACUUCCUGCAUAUUAAGGAGCAAGCCGAAAGGCAAACAAUUCCAAUUACGGGUGGUGACAACUACCAGUACAACCAGCCUUUUACCAUGGUAGAACUCCAACGAGUGCUGGCUUCAGUAAAAGUCAGCGCUCCUGGACCAGACCGCAUUGCAUAUCCAAUGCUUAGUCAUUUGUCCGAUGAUUCCAAAGAGGAUCUACUGAAGUUCUUCAACACGGUCUGGGACAAGGGACAGAUGCCAUCGGCAUGGAAAGUAGCCACAGUCAUUCCUUUUUUAAAGCCCGGGAAAGAUGCGUCCAGUCCAACAAGUUACCGACCUGUUGCAUUAACUAGCUGCCUCGGUAAAACAUUCGAAAGAAUGGUCAAUAACCGGCUGACGUACUAUCUAGAGGACAAUAACUACUUUAAUAACUACCAGUGUGGUUUUGGACCUGCACGUUAA